AGAAGACAUGCUUGGAGUUGAAGAUCACCCGCAAUCCAACUCGAAAAUUAGGGGGGUGAUUGUUGACUAAUUAUCGAGUAGGAUUAGGAUUACCCGAGAUAUUCUAGUUCAAGGGAGUGGGCCUUAAAGACCUUGGGGCUUGGGCUGUUGGAUUAAGAUGGGCUUGUAAUUUGUAACGCUCAACAUUUAAAAUACCCAAAAAAAAAGAAAAAGAAAUCCAUCCAACCAAAUAUUCUCUCUCCAGACGCCGACGAUCAUCCCAAAACUUUCACCUCCGUGUGUCCAAUCGGCGGCGAAAACGUAGACUUCUCCGCUCCCUGCUCCGUCGUCUCCCCUCCGUACGCGACGAUGCAACAGAGCGAUCUCAGCUCCAUUACGUACCCCCAGUAUCCCCAAAAUCCCAAUUAUACCCCUAAUCCCACUCCCAAUUUGCUCGAUCAUCCUCCUCCUCCUCCUCCUCCGCCAUCACAGCCACCACAGCCGUUUUACGCCUCCGCUCCGCCAUUCAGCGCCGGCUUCCCUCCUGCACCCGAUCACCACUCGUAUUCACCAUCUUCUCACUCGCCUUAUCUUCAACAUCCAGAUGUUUUCGCAAGCACUCCUGCCCCGAACUUCCAAUCGUAUAAUCCACCUCCGGCGCCUUUGCCGGUGACCCAACAGCCUCAGCCUUCCCCCACAUUUCCGAGAUACGAAACCCCCGCCGGAGAUUACCAACCACCCACCCAACAAAAUUCAUUUUAUCCACCGUAUGACCAAUCCCCGAAUUAUGUCCCCACAAACCUUAGCCAGGCGCCCAAUAGUUCGUUUUCCUCAACCUACCCGUCCCCGUACAGUAAUCAACUAAGUUCUGAUCAAGAAAAGAUGUAUAGUAAUACUAGUUUUGAAUUCGAUCACUCUAGAAGAUACAUGGAUGAAUCUGCAGGUCGUUAUGGGAGUUACGGGUCUGGGAGAGCUGAACUGGGACAAGAUCAUUAUGGAAGACGACCUGAGAGACACUAUGGGACUGAUGAUCAUGGAGAUGGAGUGUAUGCCUAUCAGGGGAGUAGGGCUGAACCAUAUGGGGCUCGAGGAACUGCUCCAAAGUCGUCUACUUGGUCUAGUUUUGAUGAUUUUGGGAGGCCCAUUGGACUUCGUUCGGAGGACAGGCCUUCGGGCUUGAGCACGAAGACCGUUCGAGCUGUUCCUAAAGCAGAGACCCAGCAGGACGUGAAAGCAGGAGUUCAGAAGUUCAGAGUGAAGCUGCUGGCCGAAAGCGGUGGUCAGAGCACCCAAGAUGUUCUUUGCCAGAUUGGGUUAGAUGGAAUUCGUAUGCUUGACCCAAGCACAAGCCGGACAUUGAGAAUAUACCCUCUUGAUACAGUUACAAGAUGUGAGGUAUUUGAUUCAUCUACCUUGGCUUUUUGGUCGAAAAGCACCGUAGACAUAGAACCAAGGCGUAUCAGACUGAAGUCAAAUAGUUAUACCACUACAACCCUCUUAGACGCUGUUACAGCUGCUACUAUACAGUUUAAGGAGAUGGGUGGAGGAAGUAUACCGUCUGAAUCACACAAGAUGGCUGAACAGCCUGCUGAAAAGAGAAAAGGUUUGGGUUGGCUCAAUGCAAUAAAGCCCGUCAACGAGGAGAAAGAUCAUUGGGUUCCCGAUGAAGCAGUUUCGAAGUGCACAGCUUGUGGUGCAGACUUUAAUGCUUUUAAUAGAAAGCAUCACUGCCGUAAUUGUGGAGAUAUUUUCUGCGACAAGUGUACUCAAGCAAGAAUUGCUUUGACAUCUGAUGAGAAUUCACCAGUUGUCCGUGUUUGUGACCGAUGCAAGGCUGAGGUUUCUCGCAGGCUAAGCAAUGCUAAGGAAGCUGCCAGUAGAUCUACUGUGUUGCAUAGUCACGAAGACCUCGCUAAGAAGCUUCAGGAGGAGAUGGAGAGAAACAGCAAGGCAUCAUCUGGCUCCACGAGGCCAAAUGGUUCCGGAAGGAGGACGAAGGAGGUUGCCUGCCCUACUUUGCUCACUGAUCUCUCUCACUUCUCUGUGCCUUAUUAUUACGGUGUUUAUGCGUGACUAUGAGUUGGUUUGUGGUACUUAAUACGUUCUUGCGCCCGGUCACUGGUCUUGCGGGUUCUUGUCUUUUAUUUCCUCACCGUGCUUUGUUUUGUUGGUUAACCUUUUCAAAGCGAACAGAUUGGUCGUCUGUCGUUAUGAAUGUAAAUUGAAUGCAUUGAUGAUAUGCAAAAAUUGUUACUGUAUGUGCAUAUUGUUACCUUAGUU